AUGGCGGGUCUGCGGGCGAGUCAGGAGCUGCGGCUCCGCGAGCGCGCCAAGGAGAACGCGCGGAGGCGAAGGGUCGCGGACGCGGAGCGUCGAAAGCGCGAGGAGGAGGACGCGCAGCGCGCGCAGGAGGCCCUCGAGGCGCGACGCAAGGCCCGGAAAGCACAGGACAGGUGCGCGUCGCACCCCGGCACCCGCGCCGGCGCCCCGCGCGCGCGCCGAGCACGCUCACACGCGCAGACACCGCCCGCCCGCGCAGGUAUCUGA